CCUGUCAGUGUCACCUAUCAGUGCCACCUGUCAGUGCCGCCUAUCAGUGUGCAUCAGUGCUGCCUAUCGGUGCCAUCAGUGCCACCUAUCAAUGCCCAUCACUGCAGCCUCAUUAGCGCAUAUCAGUGAAGGAGAAAAAUCACUUAUUUACAAAAUUUUAAAACAAAAACUAAGAAACUUUUUUUUUUUUUAAAUUUCAGUUGUUUUUGGUUUGUUUAGCAAAAAAUAAAAAACCCAGAGGUGAUUAA